AUGAAUGAGAGGCCCGUCUACGAGAGGACUCUGACAGAGUCCCAGCUGCUCGAGCAUUUACCGAGUGGGAUCGCGAAUCUCGUUCGGUCUGCUUCGGGGACUCAACAGCUACACGCGCUUGCGCUUGGCGCAUUGCAACCACAAUGUACAGAAAGCGUUUUCAGACUCUACGAACCGAUCAUAGUCGAUCUGGCAGCUCGAUGGCUUCGACCGGAUCUCAAUGCCGAUCCUAUUCACGUCCUGGCUGCAUUUGGUCGCAUCUUGCCAUUUGCGACAUACCUGCGACCCUUUGCCAACCAACAUGCCCUGUCACAGGCAGGAGCUCUGUCAGCUUUGGCUGGAACAAAGGAACUUACUCUGCGACAGUUGGAUCCAAUUAGCACUCGUGUCUUACUUCUCGCGCUAUUCCGACUACUCUCCUUUGAUUUGGAGACCUUCUCCAAAGCCGUGUCGCCGAUCCAACUGCAAUCUCUUUUCCCUCACGAUGACCAAGUCAUCAGAUACCUCGCCGUCCGAUGCUUCGCCCUUUACAUGCAUGCGGCUGACGCAGCCACCGAAAGCAUGCUCCGGGUCAAUACCGGCAGUGACCCGAUUGAAGGAGAUUGGGAGGGAACCACAAUUGACUACCGCCUUCUAGGUCUCUGGGAGGAGCGGCGAUGGGAGGUCCUCAGGAGGCAUAUCGAAACUCAAAGGUCUUCAAGGCCAGAGAGCGAGGCUAUGGAGUUGGUCGAUAGGACAAGAGAAUCCUUCACCACGAGGUCCGCUGAUGUCUGUGGUGUCUUGAUACCUCGAUUGAACGAUGUCCAACCGUCUCCCUCGUCCAUUGUGAAGACUACAACCGCGAUCGGGAAUCUGCGCCGUAUUGCGAGAUCUAUUCUGGGCUUCAAGCCUAUUCUCUUGAUUGGAUUGCCUAACUCGGGCAAGACUACUUUGAUCAAUGACAUCGCUGCCACGAUGGGCCAAGCAGAAACCAUGGUUACAUUGCAUCUGAAUGAACAGACGGAUGCUAAGAGUCUGCUUGGGAUGUAUGCCACCUCGUCUGCAACUGAGUCAUUCUCCUGGCAGCCUGGUGUGUUGACUAAGGCUGCGAGAGAAGGCCGCUGGUUGUUGAUCGAGGAUCUGGAUCGCGCUCCAUCCGAAGUUAUUGGUCUCAUUCUUCCAAUCAUCGAGAGGGGAGAGUUGACAAUAGCUAGUCGGAGAGAGCGCAUCAAGUGUGCGGAGGGCUUCAAAAUCAUUGCAACCAUGAAAUCCUCUUACAACAUUGCCGGAGAGGAAAUUGCCCCGAACACGUCCAUGCUGGGAAGCAGACUGUGGCAGAGAGUUCAGGUUUCCUCCCUUCCCGUGGACGAGAUGCGCGAUGUCAUCCUCCAAAAGUUCCCUCUCCUUGAGUCGCGCGUGCCAACAAUCAUGGACGUUUAUGGAAAGGUAUGCGCUGCAUUUCACGGAAGCCUGGCGAUCAAGGGAUCUCAGGGUCGGACACCCGGUUUCCGUGACUUGAUCAAGCUUUGCAGAAGAUUGCAUCGGCGGUUGCAACGUAUAGGUGCGAAAACAGGCUUUGAACCUACCCCGGAAGGUGUCGACGAUGAGAUUCUACUGGACACAGUGGAUGUUUUCCUCAAGUAUCUUCCUGAAAGGUCAAUGCAAAGCACCCUUGCAUCUGUCGUGUCUGAGGCACUUCAGAUCUCACCCCAACGUGCCCAAUUCUGUCUCAAUGAACGGACGCCCAGUUAUACGGACAAGAACAACUCUCUUGUGCUUGGUCGUGAAACCCUCCAGAAGAUCAAGGUCCCAAGUGGCUCGGCACUGAAGCUUGCAGCAGCAGCAUCUCGCUUUGCCUCCACAAGAUCGGCCCUGGCGAUCAUGGAGCAAGUCGCCGCUUCGGUGCAGAUGGCAGAGCCGGUCUUGCUUGUUGGAGAAACUGGUAUUGGAAAGACCACCGUAAUUCAACAGCUCGCUACACUGAUGCGCCAGAAACUCACGGUUGUCAACUUGUCUCAACAGAGUGAGAGUACAGAUUUACUCGGAGGUUUCAAGCCAGUCAGCAUCCGUACAAUGGCUAUACCGAUGCUUGAUGAGUUCACCCAGCUAUUUGAACACACUUUCUCAGCAAAGAAGAACCAGAAGUUCCUUUCUUCUGUGUCCAAGUGUGUUCCUACAAGCAAUUGGGUACGCCUUGUCAACCUAUGGCACGAAGCUGUUCGCUUGGCCAAUGGUGUCUUUAACCCCGCUAAGGAGGCCGAGAAUGGCGAUGAGCAACCGGCUAAGAAGAGAAAGCUCGACUCCCCUAAAUAUCAGAAUCUGCGGCAACGAUGGGAAGGAUUUGAGUCUCAACUUGCGGACUUCGAAGCUCAGGUUUCGCAGGGUGAUGCCAAAUUCGCCUUUGCCUUCAUCCAAGGUAAAAUUGUGAGAGCUUUGAGAAAUGGCGAAUGGGUACUUCUGGACGAAGUCAACCUGGCCUCCCCCGACACUCUUGAAAAUAUUGCCAGUCUUUUGCAUCAUGGCAGUGAGGGCUCUCCAUCUGUCCUCCUUUCUGAGGCUGGUGAUGUUGAGAGAGUAUUUGGACAUCCCGACUUCCGCAUUUUCGGCGCCAUGAACCCUGCAACGGAUGCAGGUAAGAGGGACCUGCCUCCUGGCCUGCGAUCUCGAUUCACCGAAUUCUACGUGCAUUCCCCAGAUACCGACUUGAACGACCUUCUGGCGCUCAUCGAAAAGUAUCUCGGUAGCUUGACGUUGAGCGACCAGCGUGCUGCGCCGGACCUCGCACAAUUGUACAUGGAGGUAAAGAAACUCAGCAAUGAGAACAAACUUACUGAUGGAGCUGGGCAACGACCGCAUUUCAGCAUUCGAACCCUUGUUCGGGCCCUUAUCUAUGUCAUCGAUCACGCUGGCAUUUAUGGACUGCGCCGAGCCAUUUUUGAAGGGUUCAGUAUGAGUUUCUUAACCGUCCUGGGCCUAGAGUCAGAGCGAUCUCUGAUCCCCCUCCUCGAGGCACACAUCUCUGGCAAUGCAAAGAAUGCAAGGGCUCUUCUUGGUCAGACCCCAAAGCCUCCCCAAGAUGGUCACGAUUAUGUUCAUUUCAAGCAUUACUGGAUGCGACGUGGUCCUCUGGAACCUGAGGAGCAACCUCACUACAUUAUCACCCCAUUCAUUGAGAAGAAUCUCAAGAAUUUGGUCCGAGCAAGCUCGACGAGGCGAUUCCCUGUUUUGCUACAAGGCCCAACGUCUGCAGGAAAGACCAGUAUGAUUGAGUACCUGGCCAAGGUCUCCGGCAACAAGUUUGUGCGUAUCAACAACCACGAGCACACGGAUUUGCAAGAGUAUCUCGGUUCCUACAUUUCUUCUGACGAUGGAAGUCUGCGCUACCAGGAGGGUGUUCUGGUAGAGGCCUUGCGCAAUGGCUACUGGAUUGUUCUCGAUGAGCUUAACCUGGCGCCCUCCGACGUGCUCGAGGCAAUGAAUCGACUCUUGGAUGAUAACCGAGAGCUGUUCAUCCCUGAAACCCAAGAAGUUGUUCAUCCCCAUCCCAACUUCAUGCUGUUUGCCACACAAAAUCCCGCUGGCCUUUACGGUGGCCGUAAAGUUCUUUCUCGUGCGUUCAGAAAUCGUUUCCUCGAACUGCAUUUCGAUGAUAUUCCGGAGAGCGAGCUUGAGUACAUCUUGAAAGAACGGUCCCAGAUUGCACCCUCAUUCUGCACGCGAAUUGUUUCUGUCUACCGCAAGCUCUCGUUACUGCGCCAAUCCAAUCGACUUUUCGAGCAGAAGAACAGUUUUGCUACUCUUCGUGAUCUCUUCCGAUGGGCCCUCCGUGAUGCCGAUGACCGCGAACAAUUGGCAGUGAACGGUUUCAUGCUGCUUGCCGAGCGUGUACGAAACCCCCAAGAGAAAUCUGCAGUCAAGGCUGUUAUAGAAGAAGUUAUGAAGGUCCGCCUGGACGAAGACGUUCUAUACAGUGUCGCACAGCUGGAGAAGAGUGUUCCUCAAAUGGCUGGACUGCCAGCUGGUAUUGUCUGGACCAAGGCUAUGAGACGUCUAUUCAUCUUGGUCUCCAAAGCACUUAGGAACAACGAGCCGAUUCUUCUCGUUGGAGAAACUGGUUGUGGUAAAACCCAACUUUGCCAGGCUGUUGCAGAGGCCUUCGGGAGAGAGCUGUUCAUUGUAAAUGCUCACGUUAAUCUGGAGACGGGUGAUCUCAUUGGCGCUCAACGACCGAUUAGGAACCGAGCAGCAAUUGAAAAACAACUCACGGAAGAUUUGCGACUCCUCAUUCACGACCAACAAUCUGAGAGCUCUUUCGAGCAAUUGAAACAGGAAUUUGCCGCCCUUGAUGCACAACAACGACAAGAAAAAGAUCAAGGUCUAUUGCGAAGGGUUGAAAAAAAUCUCAUUCGAUGCAAUGCUCUAUUCGAGUGGUCUGAUGGAAGCUUGAUCACUGCCAUGAAGACCGGUGAAUUCUUCCUUCUUGAUGAAAUCUCUCUUGCCGACGAUUCCGUCCUUGAGAGGCUCAACAGUGUUCUUGAGCCUCAUAGGUCAAUCCUUCUUGCCGAGAAGGGCCCCGUUGAUUCCAUGGUUGUGGCCGACGGUGGUUUCCAGUUCCUGUCAACCAUGAACCCCGGUGGUGAUUACGGCAAACGAGAGCUUUCCGCCGCUCUUCGCAACCGUAUGACAGAGAUCUGGGCACCCCAACUGUCGGAGGAUGAAGAUAUCCUCCCCAUUCUUCAAGUGCGGUUGAACGUUAAACAAGAGCAGGUCGCUCGAGCAAUGCUGCAGUUCGCAAAAUGGUUCAAGGCCACUUUCCAAAAUACCUCAACCACAUCCCUUUCACUCCGCGAUCUCCUCGCCUGGGUCGAUUUUGUGAACACAUGCCAAACUGCGGACCCGUUGUUUGCCAUCGUCCAAGGUGCAGCCAUGGUCUUCGUCGAUACACUUGGUGCCAACCCAGCCGCAAUGCUCGCUAUCUCUCUCAACAAUCUCGACGGCAAUCGCCAGAAAUGUCUCGACAAGCUGAGUGAAUUGUUCAGCGCCGAUGCUUCCAAGAUCUACUGGGAAUCCUCGAAUGUCACCCUCGAGCCGGGAUUCCUGCGAGUAGGACCAUUCUCUCUACCCACCGCCGGAGACACAGAACCCGACCCGCAAUUCACCAUGGAUGCUCCGACAACCAUCGCCAAUUCCGUCCGCAUCGCUCGUGGCUUGCAGUCGUCGAAGCCCAUCCUCAUGGAAGGUAGCCCAGGUGUUGGCAAAACCACACUCGUGACAGCACUCGCAAGGGCUCUUGGAAAGCCCCUCACUCGAAUCAAUCUUUCAGAGCAGACCGAUCUCACCGACUUGUUCGGUUCUGACGUUCCGGUAGAGGGGGAGACGUUGCAAGUUUAUAUCGCCGAACUUGACCAGAUGUUUAAGCGGCACCCCGACUUUGUCCUCUUCGCUGCGCAGAACCCGCAUCACCAAGGUGGUGGUAGAAAGGGUCUUCCUGCAUCUUUCGUCAAUCGUUUCACAGUGGUCUAUGCAGACAGUUUCACCGAUGCGGACUUGAAGAGAAUCUGUGCCAAGUUGUUCCCUGGCAGCCCUACUAUUCAGACAGAGAGGCUAGUUGAGUUCAUCUCUAGCUUGAACCGAGCCAUCGUAACAGACCGCCGACUUGGAGCUGUUGGUGGCCCAUGGGAGGUGAACUUGCGUGAUAUUCAGCGAUGGCUUCAGUUGGCGGACCGAGGCGAUUUGCAGAUUCCCACCAAGCAUUUCCUGGACGUUGUUAUCAGCCAAAGGUUUAGAAGUGAAGAAGAUCGAGCAGUGGUCUCACAGAUCUAUGACCGUAUAUUUACGGACUGUGAUAUCGGCCAAAAGAGCUACUACCACAACCUUACACCUGACUACCUGCAGGUUGGGUUGGGAGUCUUGACCCGUGACCCUAUCCUCCAGCGCUCGGUUGAGCCAUGUAUGAAGGUUCUUCCGAGGGAUCUUCACAUCCUUGAGUCGCUCAUCCUGUGUAUCGACAAUUCUUGGCCGAGCAUUCUGGUCGGAGCUGCAGGCUGUGGUAAAACCACGCUGAUCAGAAAGCUCGCGGCUGUCAAUGGUGCCAACCUUGAAGAGCUAGCACUCAGCGCCGACACCGACACCAUGGACCUGAUUGGUGGGUUUGAGCAAAUCGACCAUCGGAGGGAAGUCUCGUCAUUUGUUCACGACGUUGAGGUUUUCCUGCGACACCAGAUCAUCCACUCUUUCGCGUCUGGAGAUGUCUCUGACGCUGUGGCUUCAGCCCUUUGGAUUUGCCAGCACUUCCAAAGCUCGGAGACUUCGCUGGAAACCGUGGUCUCCUCUCUUUCUGAACUCUGCCAAUCCUACCAGGACCCAACUCUGCAAGAAUUCCUUUCUAGAGCCCAGAAGUUGUGGGAUACUAUUCGCCAGACCGACAAGAUGAAGGUUGGGUUUGAGUGGACGGAGGGCGUUCUGACGCGGGCUGUUCAGAAUGGGUACUGGGUGGUCCUUGACAAUGCCAACCUCUGCAACCCGUCUGUCCUGGAUAGACUAAAUUCCCUGACUGAACCCAACGGUUCUCUCAUUCUCAACGAACAACGAACUGAGGAUGGAUCUGCGCGAAUCAUCACCCCUCACCCGAACUUUCGCCUUUUCUUGACCAUGGAUCCUCGCAAUGGUGAGCUCUCCCGUGCCAUGCGGAACAGAUGUGUUGAGAUCUGUUUCAUGUCACGCGAGAUCCAGGAAAUUCCUACCGCGACUGGGCCUUCCUACACUUGCGAAUCCUCGCUCUACCGGCUUCGUAACAUCUGGGAUUUGGAAGCUGCCGCAUCAUCCACAAACCUUCACGACUUUGUCGAAGUUUGCCUGGAUCAUCUCUCGCCGGUAGACUUCUUCUAUCUCCAAAAAUCGCCCCGCACCUAUUUGCCCAGUUAUCCCAGUGCUGAAGUGAAACAACUUGUCCAAAACGCCCUCCAACGUCGUUCAUCUGCACUUCAAGAAAAUGAACAGUGGAAGCCCCUCAACGUGAUUGCCGGGGAAAUCGUCAUGGGCGGAGCCUCUUUGGGUCUACAAGGAUUACGGCAGCCAAUUCACCCUCUUAUCAAUGAGCCACUUUUGUCUGUCACAGGUAGUGGUUACCGUUCAGACGUUGUCAUUCUUGCCUACCUCGAAGAAUUCAGGCUUGACAUUCAUCACCUUCGACAAAAGUUGGUCCAAGCCAACGAAUCUGGGUUGCAGCUUAAACCAAGCCAAAUGACGCGACUGGAGCGAUCAUUGGCGUCAACCCGAAUUCAAUCCUUGAUGAAAGAUUCAACACAACCCGUUGGCUUCUUCUUGUCUGAGUGCGGCCAGGCUAUGUACAACUACGUUCAGAGCCUUGAUGAGACUAGCCUCAGAUCCCCUGAGAUUGUAGCCGCGCUUCGGACUAUCAUCUGCCUGUGCUGGGACAUUUACCGCGCGACAGAUGUCAGCCAAGUUAACGAGGGUGAAUUCCAAGUUUACCUGGAAAUUGGCCGGAGGGUCUGUGCAUCGUUGCUCAAUUCAUCGCCGGUAUUGAAGCCAUUGGAAAGCGCUCUAUCACGCGCGCUUACUCAGUUCCAAGCUGGCUGGGCGUUGACUACUGGCCUUAGUAUGCAAAGGAUCUGGGACUCAUGGCGACAAAUUACCCCCUCCACACAAGAGCAGCUGAAUUCUUUGAUUGAGCUUGAAGCCACUGUCUCCGAAUUCACUUCUCUCGCCUUGCAGACACGCGUGGAGCUGUCUCAACUUAGUCAUGUCUGGGAUUCAUUGGUCAACGCUCAGCGAUUCAUUCUUCGGGAUGGUGCCGAUGGAGAUGUUCUUGUCCAGAGUAUUAAGCAGACCGUGGCCGAGCUUGGCCAGGCUGUCCGACGAUCUGACUCUGCUCAAUAUCCCUACUUCUCUGAAGAAUUUGAGGCUCUGUGUCAGUAUCACGACAUUUCUUCUGAGGUUAGCCAAAACGACGCAGCUAUCAAAUCUGUCGUGCCGUUGCUUGCUGGUCGUCCUGCCCGGUCGCUUGAUUCUUCAGCCUCCCAAAAUCAAGUCCCCGAGCUCCUUCAGAGGAUCGCAUCGUUCUCGGGGGCCGCAAAGGACUCAAGCUCCCCACUAGCGAUUGGCGGUGUAUUAUCAUUGUCCUUGUUGGAAAGAUUGGCAUCGGUUGGCGGUACGACCUUGGGCCAGAUGGACAUUCUUCAGGCCGAGAAGCAGGCUCUUUCAAAGACUCUUUCUCUGAGCAGUCGACAAAUCGCCAUGGACCAGUCUGACAGCCUCAAACGUGCCCUUGCCGCGCUCACAGUCCAGUUGGUCGCUUGCCAUAGAGAACUCUUCGAGCCCCAAUGCGCCGAAAACCUCAUUUUGACUCUGCAGGCCAUUCAAUCGGGUAAAUCGGUGGAUAAGGGCUUCUCUAUUCCAAUUCACCUUGACCAAGGUGUUGGAGACAGCCAUUUCUUCAAAGUUUUCGCCGAAAAUGACCUUCCAGCUCUCAUUCGCUCAAUGACAUCGGUUUCCCUGAGUGACGAGGAGAAAAUCCAUUCUACCGGCCUUGCAGCAGUUCAAUUAGCAGUGAUUCUUCUGCGACUCUUCGUGCCAGACAAGGCCUUUGAUCCCUCUCUUGGCCUAGUCGUCCAGCGCACACGCCAUUAUCAACGCCUGGAUGAAAGCAGUGCCAAGUCGAACGCUAUCCUUUCCUUUGAAGAUUCAUUCUCAGGCCAGCCUUCAAACCUUCGCUCCAUUCUGUUGCAAGAAGAGAUCCAGGAAUUGGGCUCUGCCCCUCCUCCUUCAUCUGUCACUCGUCCUCAGCAGUCUGAACUUGGCCUUCUGCACGGCGAGUUCACGAACUUGAUCAAUUCCGUUCUCAAUCGGAACCCAGAACAGAUGAUAAGAUCCACGGAGGUGGCAUUCAAGUCCCAUGAGAUGAUUCAGCUCAUGCGCGAUAACAUCCGACAGCUCAGCAACCGCCUUAGCUCGCACUACAGAUCCUACGAUGACAUUACGGUGCCAGUAGUCCGCUUCCUUCAACUUCUCGAGGUCGGUCUAUUCUUGGGCUCUAACCAAACCGAGAAGACCGGAGGAGCACUCGAUAUCCAGUCUUUGAGCAAGCGAACCCCGUUCUUGGGAGGCUCAAUUCACCCAGUUCUUUCUCAAGACAACGUUAGCCAGCCUUCGAGUCCAACCAAUCUGGUUGAAAUGCGGCUCCAUGAGCUAUCUGCUCUCUGGGCCGCCAAGGAUGCGGAUCUUUCGGUUCUUGAUCUCAGAUCAGGACGUGAUACAAUUCGCCACAUCUUCGCUGAUUUCCAUCAUCUGUGGAAAACCAAGCUCAGAGAAGAUCAGGAGAAGGAAGCCGAGAAGUCCGAACUCUAUCGCUUCAAGGGAUCGUGGGAGGAUGAGGAAGAAGUCAAUGAAGCCGAAUUGAACGAACUCUUCCCUACUUACGAACAAGAAAAUCUGCCCAAUGCAGAUGAGGUUGGCCGCAUUGAUCCUAGAAUGAUUGCUGUCCGCCUUGCCUCCCUUCAUGCCAAGAUUGUGGGUGACCAGCGUACCGGUCAAGCACUGCCCACUUUUAUCAAGCAGUCUGGUCGCCUGCUGGGAACAAUGUGGUCCGGCAGCAAGAUCUUCUUGCUUCUUGACGAUGUUGUUGGCGAAGACACUCAAGAUCGGCAGAAGAACUACAACUUCUACACCGAUUCCAACAUUGCUGAAGCCAGAAGACUCGUGACUCUCACUCUUUCUGUUCAAGCUCGUUUUGUCCAGAUCCAAACUGUGUGGCCGGAACAUGCUGUUCUUCACGAUGUUAUUACCUGCUGCUCGGAGAUCCUUCAAUUCAAACAUGUCGAGCCCGUUGCCAAGUUUAUCACCAAGGUCGAGAAACUUUAUUCCCUGGUCCAUGAAUGGCAAGUGGUGGCUAGCAGGGAGUAUUCUGCUGCUCCUCUUUAUGACGAGCUUACGAACCUGAUUGUUGGUUGGCGUCGCCUUGAGCUCACAACAUGGGCGAAGCUCCUGGAUCUCGAGAAGGAGAGAUGUGUUGACGAUGUCAGUGCUUGGUGGUUUGUCGCCUAUGAAGCACUCUUCGCUGUUCCUAUUCAGAUGGCCGAGUCUGGGGAGCAAGACAUGAGCGAGCACAUCCAAGGUGUUAUUUCAACCUUGGAACAGUUCUUCAACUCCACCACGCUAGGCCAGUUCAGCCGCCGCCUCCAGCUUGUCACUGAUUUCCAAUCUCUUCUUACCGUAUUCGGUAAAGACUAUGAUUGCCUGAAGCCGCUUGUCUCUGCUCUCAACAAUUUCCUGUCUCACUACCGACCGUUUGAGCCCUCAGUGGACAAGGCCCUGCAGGACAAGAGGUCGGCUUUGGAGAAAGAUAUCAAGGAGCAGAUCCAGUUGGCAAGUUGGAAGGACACCAACAUUGUUGCCUUGAAGGAGAGCGCUAGAAGGUCCCAUGUCAAGCUGUUCAAGCUGGUUCGCAAAUACCGCGGGGCUCUCGGCCAAUCUGUUCAGCCAAUUCUUGAGCAAGGUGUUCCCGAUUCUGGAGAGAACAGUGUCUCUAUAAUUGAGGAGACAUCACUGGCAACCAUUGUCAUUCCAGAGGCAUUGUCGGCCUGCCAGAAGAGCAAGGAGCUGUGGUCAUCGAGAGCUCUCCGAUUCCAAAACCCGGAUGGCACAGCCCGCAACAUGAUGAAUCUGUAUUCGUCUAUUCCAUCCGAAUUUGACAUUGCCAAGGAGCUCGACGGAUUCGUUGUAUCUGUUAUCGAGACCAUAAAUGAGUUCAAGUCGUCAACGCCGAAGACCUUGACCGAAGACAACAAGGACGACGUCCAGCAUCUUAAGGUCCAGAAACGCCGUCUCUAUGCUGAUACGUUGAAACGCCUCUUCGAAAUGGGUGUUAAGCGGAAUGCUGGAACAGCCAUCAUUGAAACCCAAGCAUCGAUUGCCCAAGUCCUUUCUACGACUGGUGCCUUUGAAGUCGGCGCUACAGCAUCAAGUUCCAUCCGCAGUGCCGAGUCAUACUUCCACCGACUCCUUGACCUUUUGCCACGCGCUCGUCUGGCAUCUCGCAACUAUUCCGAAGAGCUAAGCAAUGUCGAAGUUUCCAGGAGUAUGGGCUCGAUCGAGCAUCUGUUGUUCAUUAUCCGACGACAGAGAAGUGUCCUCUCACCUGGACUCUCCGGUCUUGGAGAUCUGAAGGCUACUUUGAACAAAAUGCAGAAUUUGUGGUCGAUUGGUUCAGAUUCACUCACCAAGGCCGGCGCUUCUGCUACCGAAGAAAAGGUUGGCCUGACCAGAGUUGUUGCAUGGUUGACGCCAAUCCUCGAACUCGCCUCGACUAUCAUCGAAGUUCAUGCCAAAUUCUCAAAUGUCGAUACUUCGACUAUUCUUCAAGAGCUUCGAUCUAAGAAGACGGCCUUUGGUGACUUGCGCAAGUCUCUCGAGUCGCUUCCCACGCUUCCAUCCGGCAUUGUAUCCCUGUCCCAGCAAGAGCUCACCCAGCAAGGACGGUCCUCGCUUGAUCAGCUUGAUGUCGACCUGAGCCGAUGGGCACGAGAUCGCCCGGACCUCUCUUUUGCUUUGGAUCAGAUUACCCCAUGGACCCAAGCAAGCAAUAUUGCUCUCCCGGAUCCCAGUGGCACCGGUAGCCUCUCGAUUGAAAGCUUUGACAACAGCCUCAUGUCUGCCAUUGACAAGAUGCUGGUCGGCCUUCAACAACUCAAGGACGUACCUACUGGAAUUGACUUCGGCGGUCUAGUCUCGAGAAGUGACGAGUUCUUCUCCCGAGCAUCCAAGGCUGUUCAUCUCAGCGAGAUCAACUCAUCGCUGGUGGCAGUCCUUGACCAGCUGCAACAUCUGCAAGAUAAUUCCGCCAAGUCUCUUCCGAUUGCCGCUGCUUUGGUGACUAGUAUUCUGCCUAUUGCCAACAGAUACUACCUCAUCUGCCACGAUCUGUCUGAUCGCUUCAUUUCAGUCCAUCGCGAGAUCUGUAAGACCUCCUACAUCUUGACAAAGACCUUUACGCAGGUUGCGUCGGAGGGUCUCUGCAGCCCAGCCGAAUCAUCCCAAGAAGAGGGCAAAGAAGGCAAGAUGGAGAGUGGUACUGGCCUCGGCGAAGGCGAAGGCGCAGAAGACAUCAGCAAGGAUAUCGGAGACGAUGAAGAUCUCUCGGAGCUCGCGCAACAGCAAAACAAAGAAGACACCAACGAGGAAAUGGAUGAUUCUGCCGACGCUGUAAACAUGGACCAGGAAGAACUGGAAGGCGAAUCUGGCGAGCACAAGGAAGAGGAGGACGAGGAAGACAAAGACAAGAGCGGCGACGAAGGAGAAGAUGACAUUGACGAGGAGGUUGGCAGUGUCGAUGGCCUUGAUUCUGGUGCUGUUGACGAGAAGCUGUGGGAUGGCGCCAAUGAUGAGCAGCAAAAGGAGACUGAGAAUGAGGAAGGAAAGGGCCAAGAAGAGGCUGAUCAGCAAGCAGCCGCCCAGGAGCAAAAGAAGGAGGGCGAAGAAGCCCAGAAAGGAGAAGAGGGAGACGAGGAAGAGGAAGAAGACGAUGAAGAGGAGGAGGCUCCCGAGGAUGAGGGCGAAGCUGUUGGCCGGGAGGAUAUGGACGUGACAGAUCCUCAUGCUAAGGAAGAGGAGACAUUAGAUCUCCCUGAUGAAAUGCAGCUCGACGGUGACGACAAGGAAGGUGGUGAUGAAGGGGAAGACGACGAUGGUAUGGAUGAUCUCGAUGACAUGGGCCCUCUUACCGAAGAGGAGCAGAAGGCCAAUGAGAUGGACUAUCAGCCUGGUGAUGAAGAUGCGGACAUGCCGCCGGAGGAGCAAGUCCCGGGCGAGGAUGAAGAGAUGGCCGAAGGUGAAGAUACCAACGAAGGCGAAGGGAACGAAGAAGAAGAGGCCGGCGGAGAAGAUCCUGAAGAAGCCCAACAGGACGAAUUCCUUGCUCAACGCGAUGACAACGAAGAGGCCGGUGAAAACGUUGCUCCUAGCGAAGCAGUCACCGGUGGCCUUGGUGCCGACCAGGACCAGAAUGACGACAAGGGUGCCUCUGGAGAUGCGCAGCAGGAGAGUGGUGAAAAUGACCCGACUGCCAGCGCCGAGCAACAAACCGGUGCUGCCAAAGACAGUGAAGAAAGCAAGCGGAGUCGCGAUGCUGGCGGUGCCGAGGACUCAGCUCCCAACGAUCCUCAAAUCCAAGCAUUCAAGAAGCUCGGAGAUAUUCUCGAGGAGUGGCACCGUCGCCAGAAGGAGGUGUUGAAUCCGUCGCAGGAGGAAGAGGAGUCGCAGCCUCUGCCCCAAGAUACCGAUAUGGCGGAUGCCGACUUUGAGCACCUCAAGGACGAUGACGACCAGGCAGACACGCAAGCUCUUGGACAAGCUAGCGAGGAUCAGGCCAAGGCCCUCGACCAGAACAAGGGCGUUGAGUCUGAGAACAAGCCUGGGGAGAAUGAAGCUCUGCCGGAUGUUACAGAUGACAAUCAAGAGGUUCUGGACAACCAACUUCAAGAUGAGAUGGAAUUGGAUCGAGGCAAUCCCCCAACUGAUGGCCAAUCCGCCGGGGCUUUCAUUCCUGGUGAUCAUACAUCACGCGACCAUGCAGACGGCGCCCUUGGUGCCGAAGAUGUCAACGAGGAGCUGGAUGAAGUCGACACGCAGCUCGCCGCCAUCCAUCUCUCAUCUACGCUUCCACCCUUGACGCCAGAAAGUGAAGCCCGUCGUCUCUGGUCUCGCUACGAAUCCGCCACAAAUGAUCUGUCUCUGUCUCUUACCGAGCAGCUCCGGCUCAUCCUCGCACCAACUCUUGCAACCAAGCUUCGCGGCGACUUCCGCACCGGCAAGCGCCUGAACAUUAAGCGCAUCAUCCCGUACAUCGCCUCCCAGUACAAACGGGACAAGAUCUGGAUGCGUCGUUCUAUCCCCUCCAAGCGCAACUACCAGAUCAUGCUCGCCGUGGACGACAGCAAGUCCAUGCUUGAAAGCGGUAGUGGCCAACUCGCCUUCGAGACUCUGGCUCUGGUUGCUAAGAGUCUUAGCAUGCUUGAGGUAGGCGACCUCUGUGUCCUCGGAUUCGGCGAUGAAGACCACGUCCGCGUCGCACACGAGUUCGGCAAGCCGUUCUCUUCCGAGGCCGGUAUGCAGGUUUUCCAGCAUUUCAGCUACCAGCAAACUGGCACGAACGUGCGCAAGCUGAUUGCCGACUCUAUCGCCCUCUUCCGCGAAGCGCGCUGGAAGCGAUCUCCCGGUUCUGGCUCCGCAGACCUGUGGCAGCUCGAGUUGAUCAUCUCCGACGGUAUCUGUGAAGACCACGAUACCAUUCGCCGUCUCGUGCGCCAGGCGCUCGAAGAGCGCAUCAUGAUCGUCUUCGUCAUUGUUGAUGCUGUCAAGGGCAGCUCCAUUCUCGACCUCUCGCAGGCCAGCUUUGAGGCUGAUCCUGACUCCGGUGGUGAGAUGAAGCUGAAGAUGAAGCGCUACCUUGAAGGAUUCCCCUUCCCCUACUAUCUUGUUGUUCGUGACGUCCGUGAGUUGCCGGCUGUUCUUGCCACUGCGUUGAAGCAGUGGUUUGCCGAAGUGGUGGAUGUCUCUUCGUGA